CUCAAUUAAUGAAUCAAUCAAUCAACCCCAGAUCUUCUUAUGUUUAUCGCAUAAUCCUCCAUUAAGCCAUGACACCUCGGUGAUCUAGUCAUUGAUCGUAUCGUAUUUUGGUUCCAAUAUCCUUGGAGCCAUUCCACACCCAGCAUGGCCGAUACGACUACCCACGACACUGUGGGCGCGUCAACCCUCGCGACGACGCCUCUCUUCAUGCCCUCAUCUCCUCCCUCCCAUCGCCAAAACGCGCAGAGCUACUCUCCUCUAAGCGCGAAGAGUCCUCGGACUGUCGAUCGCACUGCGACUAUAACUCACCACCCCGAUGAUGCCAACUCGCCGCUGAAACAGAGUUAUUCGCCGCGAUCCUCCCGAGCGUCGUCGCUUGAGCGCGCCGCGAACGACAUCGACGCCCGUUUGGCCAGGUAUAGCGUUGACUUCAGCCAAUUUCCAAGUAUCCAGGCGCUCGAUGAGGAUGUGGAUCCUCUCGCGGAAUUCAAGUUUCCGCAUGAAGACAACUUGUCAGACGUCGGAGGUCCGGAGGAUUUCACGGCGAAUCUGGAGAAGUAUUUGAUGAGCGACGGGGAUACUAUGGACGAUAAACAUUUUAUGGACUUUCGGGAAGAUAUCCAUGAUUUAUCAGAGCUCGAGCCUCUAUUCGACGACCUGGAAGAGCGGGAACGCGAUCUGCAUCGCGCAGAAAAUAAGGAAGACGGAAAACCCCGCCCUCCGCCACCUGAAUCUCCUGUCCAGCCGCAAGGCCAUCACAGGCAGAAUAGCCAAGGAAUGCAAAAGCAGCAAGACAUCCACCAGCCGCAGCGCGAGCAGAGUGCGCAAUCGCAUCAACCCGCCGUUGAGGAUGAGCCUGAGCCCGAACCCGAGCUAGGUGAAUACAGUGAAUUUGGCCCGCCGAUCGACAUGUCUACACCCUCACAAUUUCUGCGCCGUGCCGGCGGUCUCAAUAGGGAUAUUACGCAUCUGGAGGAUAUUGAGGAGGAUCCCGAUGACGAGCCGGCAGUGAGUACAGCCACGCCGUCGGUGCGGAGACACAAGACUCCUUCGUCGCGGAAAGAGGAACCGAGUACAGCCAGAGAUCUACGGAAACAAGUUGUUGAACUCCAGGACAAGCUUCAGAAACGUGAUGAGCAGCUGGAGAAAAACCGCCGGCGCGUUUUGGAGGCAGCGUCGGCUGGUGAACAGAUCAAGCAUCUCCAGGGCGAGUUGCAAAGAAAGUCGGCUCUACUAGACGAGCUUUACGCCAAUCGUACUGACGAAACAAUCCUACGUGAACAAGUUCACUUGCUGCAGAAACAGAGCGAAGAGAGAGAGACCUUCUUGCACAAGUCCACAAUCAAUGCCUCGGAGCUGAGUGCUCUUCAGAAGCAGAUAGGCGAUAUGCAGAAGGAUAUGCAGGCGCGGGGAUCAUCGCACCCGGAUCUCGAUGCGGAGCGGCUCGACACCAUCGCAUACCUACGACAGCAACUCGAUCUUGCUCAGGAGCAGCUACGUAAGCGCGAUGCAACCCUGGAUGGGACAACCACGAAGCUCAAAGAAGUCACUAGCGACAAAGAUCAGCAGCUCCGUGAGAAGAACGCUAUAAUUGACGAAUUGAGAGCCCAAGUUAGCAAUCACCUGCUCGAAGUGGGCAGGUUAGAGACAGAGCUUCAAAAGGUCAAUCGAGCUCACGAUACUCUCCAUGAACGAAUUGUCACUCUCGAAACUAGGAAUCGCCCUUUGGAGGAGAAGAACAGCACUCUCGAGGCCGACCUCACCCGCGCGCAGACUCAAGUCACUGCGCAGGAGAAUGCUCUCAUGGCCAUGGCCGCCGAUCUUCCCCUUGAAUCCGGCGGCAACACCUAUACAGAAAUACUCGAGUUGAUUAAGGACUUGGGCCAACCCAGCCAGGGGGCCCGCGACUUUGUGUCAUUGGUCAAGGAUCAAGGACAACAGGGUCAAAACCCAGCUCACGACCAAGAUCAAUCCAUGUCAGAAGAGCUCAAACGCGUUCAGGACGAACUCUCCAAACUUCGAACCGAACUCAUCGAGGCCAAUUCCGCCAAGAAAACCCUUGAAAUGCAACUCUCGCGGUCCGAAGACCAAGCCGUCGAAGCUCAAACCCUCAUCCACUCCAUUGAGACCGAAAGCACCCGUCUCAGCAAACGUGCUGAUGAUCUCCGCUCAAAUCUCUCCAAAGCCCAGCAGGAACUGACCCAAAUGAAAGAGGAGCGCAGCAAAGCCAUGGAAACCAUUGACCGCUUGCAAAAGGAGCAACAACAUGAAACCGAGAAGAAACAGACCCGGCAGCAACAGCUGCAAAAACAACAACUCAGCCCCCCUCCGUCCCCUCCCGUCCCACGUCAGCAACAAGAUUUAAAUCCACAGCGUCAAAAGGAGAAGGAGAUCCUUGAACAAACUCAGUCUCUCCAAGCCACCCAUGCCGCCGAGGUGGCAAAGCUCCGGGAGCUUUUGACUGAAUAUGAGCACCGAGAACCCCGGUACAAGAUGCGGGUGACCUCGUUGCUCUCACAGCGCGAGCGACAACAGAGUGAGAAUCGCACCCUCCGCGCUAAGGUUGAGCAACUCGAGUCCGUGCUCGCAGCGAAGGAGGAGACCGCGGCAGCGGUGGACGAGCGAAUCGCGCGGUCGGUCGAGAAACGCGAGAAGGAGUGGCAGCGAAGAAUAGAGCUCUUGCUCAAGGAGCGGGAACGCAUGGGUCGGGCACUAAUGUGGUCGUGGGGAGAAAAGGAAGUCGGUGGCGAGAAGGAAAAUCUGGCGGUCACAGAGGACGAGAAGAGAAGGAGUAAACAAGGCUAUCGGUACAAGUAUGCCGUCUCGGGUCCAAAGCCAGUGUCAACCCCAGUCACCUUGUCAUCAGGAAAGAAAGCUUGAAUGACCAAUAGAUGGGUUGGAGUAGAUCGCAUGGGACUGGAAUAGGGUAAUAAUCGGUUGUGUCUGGGCUUGUCAUUCUAUUUUACUAUCAAAGGUCCGAAAGCGUGUGAUUUCUUCACAAGGUGUUCUGGUCCCUCUUUACGGCGUUGUGUUAUUCUUCUCCCGGAGGUUCCCUUUGACCAUUCCUGAUUCUCGGCUUGCGUUAUGCUUAGGAUACUAGUCACUACGGUGUCAUGAAAUGGAAAACUCACGAUCGGAAAGUAUGGGGGACCGUCGUUUCUUGCGUCGCCAUCGGAUGCCAGCGCUUGGUGGGUGCUCAGCUAUAGCAGGAUCAUAUGUGAACGCAUUUGUUGCCAUUCGUG